UUGAAUUAGGUGUGCUGAACGAGACAUCACGAAAAAAGGUUGCCCAGACCUCUGGUCCCUUACCGACCGCGGCGCGCGUUCCAUAAGUACCGAGACAUAAGGUUUUCGCCAAAAAUCGAACAACGCAAGGGAGAACAAGAGGAGAUAGAAAAUGUCGAAACUAUGGUCGAAGCGCCGCCCUUCCCCGGGCGGCGAGACCUCGCCGCUCCUCGAAUCCGACCUCACCGUCGGAGCACCGAGCCAAGCCGACGCAACCCUCCACCCUCAUGAUACGCCCUCGGGCGGCGUCGCGCACUCCGAUACCGUCGCGAACCAGAUCAGCAGUGCCGAGCGCGUCUGGCUCUUUGUCGGGAUCUUCCUGGUCGGCUACGCCUACGGCCUCGACAGCCAGGUGCGGGGAACCUACCAGCCCUACGCCACGUCAAGCCUCAACCUACACUCAUCCCACUCGACCAUCAACGUCCUGCGGAGUGUUAUCGCCGUGGCCUCGCAGCCAACUGCGGCAAAGGUUGCCGAUAUUUACGGCCGCUUCGAGACCAUCGCCGCCUCUAUUCUCUUCUAUGUCGUCGGGACCGCCCUCGAGGCCAGUGCGUCCUCGGUGGAAGUCUUCUGCCUCGGCGCCGUUCUAUAUCAGAUUGGCUGGACGUGCAUCGUCCUCCUUCUCGAGGUUCUAGUCGCAGACUUCUCGUCGAUGCGAUCUCGCGUGUUCUUCAGUUACAUCCCCGCCAUCCCCUUCGUGUUCAACACCUGGAUCAGCGGCAACGUCACCUCGGCCGUCUUGCGAGUCACAUCAUGGCGCUGGGGCAUCGGAAUGUGGGCCAUCAUCCUCCCCAUCUGCUCCAUCCCUCUCCUCACUAGCCUCUACACCUUUGGUCAGCGUUCGCGAAAGGCUGAUCGUCAUGCCGAGUCGAAGAAGGCAACUGUCGACCUCUUCCAUCAACUCGAUGCUGUCGGCCUCGCUAUCCUCAUUGCCGCCUUCUCCUUCACACUGGCGCCUUUGACACUGGCGGGAGGAACCGUGAGCCACUGGAAGACCCCUGGAAUCAUUAUUCCGCUCGCCUUUGGGCUGCUUUGCAUUCCGGCUUUCGUCUUCUGGGAGCGCCGCUACGCUCAGGUCCCACUCAUCCCCUUUCGCCUCCUCAAAGAUCGUGGUGUCUGGUCGGCUCUGGCAGUCCGCAGCCUUCUCAACUUUGCUUGGUCGACGCAAGGCAACUACUUAUACACCGUGCUCGUCGUGGCCUUCGACUUCCCUAUCGAGACGGCGACCCGCAUCUUGUCAUUCUUCUCCUUCUUUGGCGUUUUCAGCGGUGUCUUGAUGGGCGUUGUCAUUUACAGGAUCCGACGUCUCAAGGGGAUCAUCAUUACUGGCGCUUGCAUUUUCACGGCCUCCUUUGGCCUUCUCAUAUUAUACCCCGGAGGAGCUUCUUCUGCCUCACAGUCUGGUCUUAUUGCUGGCCAAAUCAUCAUGGGCCUGGCGGGCGGCCUAUUCGCGUACCCGACGCAGGCCUCGAUCCAAGCGUCGUCGGAUCGAGAGCAUGUUGCCGUCGUUACGAGUCUUUACCUGGCCAUCUUCAACGUCGGCAGCGCCCUCGGAAACUGUCUAUCGGGGGCUAUGUGGACUCAGCUUCUCUACCCGUCUCUGGAGUCCAGCCUUGCGUUCCAGCCGAAUAAGACGCUGCCGGCGCUGAUCUAUAACUCGCCGUUCUCGACCAUCGAGGACUACCCCGUCGGAGGAGAAAUCCGAGACGCAAUCAUUGACAGCUAUCGUGGUGUACAGAGACUCUUGUGCAUCGCUGGACUGUGUAUCUGCGUGCCCAUGGUUGGCUUUGCUUUCGCGUUGAGGAACCCGAAGCUGUCGGAGGAGCGGGUCCAGCCAGAGGCUUCAGCCGAGUCGGACUGAUCAAUAGGAUUGCAAGAGAGAUGACAUAGUGUCUGCCAUUGCAGACUCUUUUUAAGACUGGUCCAGUCGCAGGGCUACGAUACAUAAGGUAUCAGAGUUGUUGCUGCACAAAGAAUCGAUAGAGCAAGCGUUGGAUUUCUCCAUUAGAUCACUUUUCUGUUUACCAUCGCAUACAGCGUAGCUUGCCAACGUCGAAGCUUGGCACAAAAAUCAUCCUGACAUUUCAAUUUCAUGUCUGCAUCGAAGUUCUGGGAUUGGAUCAUUUCUCGAGUUGACGUUUGCCACGUACAAAUCGUUCCACUAGAUU